CUUGCUGGUGAAUUUUUCCUCCUCCAACUACACUUCAUUCAGAUUUUUAUUUUAAAACAUUUUUCAAUGCUUAGGAAGAAGUUAUUUUAUCUUCUGUGUCAUUGUCUGAGAGAUGCACUGAAGUACGCCGUUAUCUGCUCUUCUUCCGUAUGUCAGGUGCUGCAUCAGGGGCCAUUGUGAAGAGGAUUGUUGGGGGUAAGAGCUGUCGCAGCGAGAGGCAGUACCAUGUCGAGAUACAUUCUGUCCAAGGGGACAAGCGCUGUGGAGGAGCUCUGCUCAACACCCGCUGGGUCAUCACUGCUUCUCACUGUGCAGGACAGCUUGUGAAACUGAAGUUUGGCUUAAAUGUGUCAAAAUGGAAAAAAGCUAAGGAAUUCCUUAAACGAAACAGCCUAGGAACUGAGCAAGAAAUUGCGGAUAAACAACAGUUAUCUUUCAAAGACGAAGAAGGGCGUAUUCAUGACAUCAUGCUCAUAAAACUGAACAAGGAUGUGUCCCCUGAACAUCCCACCAUCCCCCUUCCUCACCAUGAGUGUGAGAGGCCCAAGCUGAAACAGCAGGUUGAAGUUGGAGGCUGGGGAGCAACAACGGCCAACAUGAAAAAGGCCAAAUCCAGCAGAAAGCUGAGCUGUGCCAGAACAAUGAUUGCUGCAUGUGGUGAAAAUGAUAAACCUGGUGGAAAGUACUACAGUGACGAAUCUACCACCAUGUGUGCCUUUCAACCCGGCGUGGAGGCCUGCUUUGUAAGCAGACAGUUUUAUAUUUUUUAUUUCUUUUGUUCAUUUUUAUGCCAUCACAAAUGUAAACUGAUCACACCUCUGAUGUCUCUCUUCCAGGGCGAUGCAGGUACAGCUGUGGAGUAUAAUGAUCUCUUGUAUGGGAUCAUUGUCAGCAACCCUGUUGAUAAGUGUGCAAACCCGAUUGUAAUGCUGGAUACCUGUCACUACCUCAAGUGGAUUGAAGACACCAUGCGCACACAUUCAUGAGUAAACCUCACAGGUUAAGACCGGGAUCACAAAUGGACUUUAAAAGUAAAUAUCAAUUCUCAUAUUUUUUCAUUUAUAAGUAUUAUUACUUGUCAAAUCUACUUAAUUUUAUGCCAACUAGUUUUGUACUCAAUAUUGUGUUGAUAAAACAUUUUAUAAUUGGAAGCAAACAAAACAUUUUAAAGUGCAAUUAGGAUAUCUGUAAUCCAAAUAUCUCUUUCUCUUCUUUUUCAAUGUAUGAUUGAUAUGAAAAAUACGAUUCGGAUAUUACCAUGUUAUAACUAUUCUCCUCCCAGUGUGCAGUUGGUAAAACCAAUUUUUUUUCCUAUGAAUAAAAAGAUGUGAUCUCCCACGGUUCAUGUGUUAUCUGUCAAUUCUUUGAAGCACAUUUGAAUGUCAAAUGUUAGAUAUCCACAAGGGUUUGAUAAGGCAGAUAACAUGAAGCCGACCUGUGUCUCCACUAUACUGUAGUUGUGGCUACAGCCAUAUAUUGUAUAUACAACAUAGUGCAUCACUUUCUCCUUGUACUCUAACACUAUUUACUAUAUAAGACCUCAGUAUGUAAAUCUACACCAUUAACACACCACUCACAGUAAAAACCCUAAUAAAAAGUCUCCCACUGCUUUUUAAUGCACCCAGUACUUCAGUAUAGAUUCUGUGUAUUAAAUGUACAUAUGUUAAAGGAAUAGUUUGUAUUUUUUUAAGUGUAUGAGGUAUCCAUAGUCAGUGUAUUACCUGUAGUAAAAAACUUUUUUUACUUACGACACGGAGGUAAAAUAACAAUUUGUACAAGCCAGAAGAGUCCAAAGUCUAUUCAUUGUGAGUCCUUUUAGAGUUCAAAUAAAAUGUACUUCCUUUAAAAUACUGAAAGUCUUUGUAGCUUUUUUUGUUCUUCACAUAUUCGAUUAAAGUGCCAUACUGUUUGAGUUCAACAAUGGUUGGUUUGGAGCCAGACCUUUUCAAAUUGUGGAUGUGGAAAUUACCAAGAAUGAUCAGAAGCUGAAUUAUAUAGUUGAUAUUACUAUCCAACCCACUGAACAUAAAAUAUAACAUCAACAUCAAAUACAUUCAUCUGUACAUAAGUACCAGUUUUUCUAUUUAUAAAGUUUUGCAUA